AUGGAGAAUUAUCCCCAGACAAGUUGUAAGUCCGAAAUUCAGAAGUGGCAAGAGUUUGUGAUGACUUUCUGGCUCAUGAGGGAGCUGCCUUUGUUCCAGGAGGUGACGGUGGAGCUGAGCUGUGGAGCAGGGCCGCUGCGAGUGAUCCUGGGCCCAGGGCAGAUGGCGGUGCUGGACUGUAGUCUGGGGGCUGCCACAGCUGGACCUCCUACCAGUGUGACAUGGAGCAAAGAUGGAGGCGCCCUGCCGGAGCAUGACCACCUGCGCCUGCUUCCCAAUGGCUCCCUGUGGCUGUCCCCACCACCAGCACCCAACAGCAGUGACAAGGCUGUCUCCAGAGCAGCGGAGGUCAUUGAGGGCAAUUAUUCCUGCCUGGCCCAUGGCCCCCUUGGAGUGGUGGCCAGCCAGGUGGCCAUGCUGAAGCUUGCCUCACUUGCAGGCUUCUCUCUGCACCCGGAAUCUCAGACGGUGGAGGAGAAUGGGACGGCCCGGUUUGAGUGCCACAUCGAAGGGCUGCCAGCUCCUGUCAUUACUUGGGAGAAGGACCAGAUGGCAGUGCCUGAGGAGCCUCGAUUCAUCACUCUUCCCAACGGGGUCCUCCAGAUCUUGGAUGUUCAGGAGGGUGAUGCUGGCUCCUACCGCUGUGUGGCCACCAACUCUGCCCACCAGCGCUUCAGCCAGGAGGCCGUACUCAGUGUGACCCACAGAGGGUCCUUGGUGUCCACCCAGGGGCAUGAUGUGGUCAUUGUGGCAGCCCCAGAAAACACCACGGUGGUCUCUGGCCAGAGUGUGGUGAUGGAGUGUGUGGCCUCAGCUGACCCCACCCCUUUCGUGUCCUGGGUCCGACAGGAUGGGAAGCCUAUCGCCACGGAUGUCAUCGUUCUGGGCCGCACCAAUUUAUUAAUCUCCAGGGCACAGCCCCGGCAUUCGGGCAUCUAUGUCUGCCGCGCCAACAAGCCCCUUACCCGCGACUUCGCCACCGCUGCCGCAGAGCUCCGAGUGCUGGCGGCGCCUGCCAUCUCGCAGGCGCCCGAGGCGCUGUCACGGACGCGGGCGAGCACCGCGCGCUUCGUGUGCCGCGCGUCGGGGGAGCCGCGGCCCGCGCUGCGCUGGCUGCACGAUGGGGCGCCGCUGAGGCCCAACGGGCGCGUCAAGGUGCAGGGCGGAGGUGGUAGUCUGGUCAUCACGCAGAUCGGCCUGCAAGACGCCGGCUACUACCAGUGUGUGGCCGAGAACCACGCUGGCACUGCGUGCGCCGCCGCCCGGCUGGCGGUCGUGGUGCGCGAGGGGCUGCCCAGCGCUCCGACGCGCGUCACGGCCACACCACUGAGCAGCUCUGCGGUCCUGGUGGCCUGGGAACGACCCGAGCUGCACAGCGAGCAGAUCAUCGGCUUCUCCCUACACUACCAGAAGGCACGGGGGAUGGACAAUGUGGAGUACCAGUUUGCAGUGAACAAUGACACCACAGAGCUACAGGUUCGGGACCUGGAACCCAACACUGAUUAUGAGUUCUACGUGGUGGCCUACUCCCAGCUGGGGGCCAGCCGCACCUCCACCCCAGCGCUGGUCCACACACCGGAUGAUGUCCCCAGCGCAGCACCUCAGCUCUCCCUGUCCAGCCCCAACCCCUCGGACAUCAGGGUGGCGUGGCUGCCCCUGCCUCCCAGCCUGAGCAAUGGGCAGGUGGUGAAGUACAAGAUAGAGUACGGUUUGGGAAAGGAAGAUCAGAUUUUCUUCACCGAGGUGCCAGGAAAUGAAACACAGCUUACGUUAAACUCGCUUCAGCCCAGCAAGGUGUAUCGAGUGCGAAUCUCAGCUGGCACAGGGGCUGGCUACGGGGCCCCCUCACAAUGGGUGCAGCACAGGACACCCAGUGUACACAACCAGAGCCAUGUCCCUUUUGCCCCUGCAGAGUUGAAGGUACUGGCGAGGAUGGAGUCCCUCGUUGUUUCCUGGCAGCCACCCCCUCAUCCCGCCCAGAUCUCUGGCUACAAACUGUACUGGCGGGAGGUGGGGGCUGAGGAGGAGACUGAUGGUGAAAGCCCCCCAGGGGGCCGUGGAGACCAGGCUUGGGAUGUGGGGCCUGUCCGACUCAAGAAGAAAGUGAAGCAGUAUGAGCUGACCCAGCUAGUCCCUGGCCGGCUGUAUGAGGUGAAGCUCGUGGCAUUCAACAAACAUGAGGACGGCUAUGCAGCAGUGUGGAAGGGCAGAACGGAGAAGGCUCCCACACCAGAUCUGCCCAUCCAGAGGGGGCCACCUUUGCCACCUGCCCAUGUCCAUGCAGAAUCCAACAGCUCCACAUCCAUUUGGCUUCGGUGGAAAAAACCAGACUUCACCACAGUGAAGAUUGUCAACUAUACUGUGCGUUUCAGCCCCUGGGGGCUCAGGAAUGCCUCCCUCGUCACUUAUUACACCAGCUCUGGAGAAGACAUCCUCAUUGGCGGGCUGAAGCCAUUUACCAAGUAUGAAUUUGCAGUACAGUCACAUGGUGUGGACAUGGAUGGGCCUUUCGGCUCAGUGGUGGAGCGCUCCACCCUGCCUGACCGACCCUCAACACCCCCAUCUGACCUGCGCCUGAGCUCCCUAACACCGUCCACUGUUCGGCUGCACUGGUGUCCUCCCACAGAGCCCAAUGGCGAGAUCGUGGAGUAUCUGAUUCUGUACAGCAACAACCAUACCCAACCCGAGCACCAGUGGACCCUGCUCACCACCGAGGGAAACAUCUUCAGUGUUGAGGUGCAUGGCCUGGAGAGCGAUACCAGGUACUUCUUCAAGAUGGGGGCACGCACUGAGGUGGGGCCUGGGCCCUUCUCCAGCCUACGGGAUGUGAUCACUCUGCAGGAGAAGCUGUCAGACUCCUUGGAUGUACACUCAGUCACGGGCAUCAUCGUGGGUGUCUGCCUGGGCCUCCUCUGCCUCCUGGCCUGCAUGUGUGCUGGCCUGCGCCGCAGCCCCCACAGGGAAACCCUCCCAGGACUGUCCUCCACGGCCACUGCUAGAAACCCUGCACUGUACUCCCGAGCCCGACUGGCUACCCCCAACCCCCCAACUGCCCAUGAACUGGAGUCCCUUGUGCACCCCCGUCCCCAGGAAUGGUCCCCGCCACCAUCAGACAUCGAGGACCGGGCUGAAGUGCACAGCCUUAUGGGUGGUGGUGUUUCAGACUGCCGGGGUCAUUCCAAGAGAAAGGUCUCCUGGACUCAGCCAGGUGGACCCACCUGGGCAGGUUCCUGGGCCGGCUGCGAGCUGCCCCAAGCAGGCCCUGUGCCCUCUCUGACCCGGGCCCUGCUGCCCCCUGCUGGAACCGGGCAGACACUGUUGCUCCAGGCUCUGGUGUAUGAUGCCAUAAAGGGCAAUGGGAGGAAGAAGCCACCCCCAGCCUGCAGGAACCAGGUGGAGGCUGAAGUCAUUGUCCACUCUGACUUUAGUGCCUCCAAAGGGAAUCCUGACCUCCAUCUCCAAGACCUGGAACCUGAGGAGACCCUGUGUUUGGAGGCUUCUGACCUCACCUUAGGAGUUGUGGAUCCAGGGCAAGGAGCAGACUGGCUGGACACGGAGCUGGAAGGGUGUGACCAGACAGCUAAUGGGCCGGACAGACUUAUGUGCCUGCCAGAGGCAGCCGACGCUUCCUGCCCCUACCCGGACCUCCAGUCCAGUGAGGCUUUGGAGGAGGCCCCUGGGAAUAGCUGCCAGCCAAAGGACUCAUGCCCUCUAGGAGCCAGCCCAGGCCUGCCCAGAGCCCCCGUCUCCUCCUCUGCCUAGCUCCCAUAGGGGUGCAG